CCGCCUCAGCUUGCGCCGCCGCCGCCGCUGCGCACGCCAUGGGAGCCGUGACUGACGAUGAAGUCAUACGGAAGCGCCUCCUCAUCGACGGCGACGGCGCAGGAGAUGACCGGAGGAUUAACCUGCUGGUGAAGAGCUUCAUUAAGUGGUGCAACUCUGGCUCUCAGGAAGAGGGCUAUAGCCAGUACCAACGUAUGCUGAGCACACUGUCUCAAUGUGAAUUUUCAAUGGGCAAAACAUUGCUGGUUUAUGAUAUGAAUCUUAGAGAAAUGGAAAAUUAUGAAAAAAUUUACAAAGAAAUAGAAUGCAGCAUUGCUGGAGCUCAUGAAAAAAUUGCUGAGUGCAAAAAACAAAUUCUUCAAGCAAAACGAAUACGAAAAAAUCGCCAAGAAUACGAUGCUUUGGCAAAAGUGAUCCAGCACCAUCCUGACCGGCAUGAGACGUUAAGGGAGCUGGAAUCUCUGGGAAAAGAAUUAGAGCAUCUUUCACACAUCAAAGAAAGUGUUGAAGAUAAGCUUGAAUUGAGACGUAAACAGUUUCACGUUCUUCUCAGUACCAUCCAUGAACUUCAGCAGACAUUGGAAAAUGAUGAAAAGCUCUCAGAGGUGGAAGACACUCAAGAAAGCACCAUGGAAGCCAACUCUAAACCAUAGCCAGGCUAAUCCCUCAUCAUACUUAGGAGCAUUCAAAUCAUGACCCUACCUUGCCAUGCUUCGAAGUUGUUGUACUGUUGAGAUAGUUUUAAUAAUGAAAUACUUUCUUUUCAGUAAUAAUUUAUAUUUCAUUCAUCUAUCUGUACACAAAGGAAAAUGCUUUCACUAUAGACUGAAUUUUGUAGAAAUGCAUUUUUUUUUAUUAUCGAAAAGUCAAAACAAAAUCCCAACAUAUCUAAUAAAAUGUUUUUCAAUCUGAAUUUAUUUCUGCUUCUUUAUUAUGCUAGUCAAACGUAACAUUGAUAAUUUAUAACAUUUUAAC